AUGUCUUUCGACCGAUUAAACUCACUAGAGGCGCAGCCUACUGAUAUGCGCCGGUCCGAUGACCCGCAGUAUCGUGAUGACCCUGGCUUCGAUCAUUUAGCUGAAUCGCUGUCCGAUCAACUGUUCACGUUGACUUCCAACAUCUCGCGUCUUUCCAACCAGAUUGCACUUCUCGGCACAAAGAGAGAUACGGAACGUGUGCGCGAACGUGUACACAACCUUCUGGACGAGACACGGACAGGGUUCAAAGACGUUGGCGAUGGGCUGAAGAAGAUCCAGCAAUGGGAGGACGUCAAUCCAUCACAAAAAUGGACCCAGCAAAAAUUGUCAUCCGAAUUCAAAGCCAGCCUUGAUGAAUUCCAAACGGUGCAGCGUCGAGCUUUGGAAAAACAGCGAGCUUCGGCAGUUGCAGCGCGUUCAGCUAUCGAGGAUGGGGAACAUGCAUCAGAUGAGGCUGGAGUGCAACUCCAGCAACAACAGCAGCUGGAACAAUCCCGAAUGGCGAACCAAAGCGAGGUGGAUUUCCAAGAAUCUCUCAUCAUUGAGCGGGAGAACGAAAUUCGCAACAUUGAGCAAUCGGUUGGUGAAUUGAACGAGCUAUUCCGAGACGUUGCCCAUAUUGUUCACGAGCAAGGCGGACAACUCGAUAUCAUCAGCGAGAACGUCCAGAACGUUGUUCGAGACACAGGGGGCGCCAAUACCGAGCUACGCAGUGCUAGUCGAUAUCAGAAAAACGCCCGCAACAAGGCCUGCUGCUUGCUGAUCAUCCUUGCGGUUAUCUUGACCAUCAUCGUUUUAGCGGUUGUUCUGGGUUAA